AUGCAAAAUUUGACUCCAAAGAUUGUUAUUUUAACCUUUAUGGUGCUUGUCUCUUUUAUCAGCUCAGUUCAUGGCCGAAUUCUUAAAAUCAAUGCCUCCACUGAUUUAAUCUCUGAUGGAAUUGAUCAUGUUGACUGUGAAUCUCCAGCUCUUACUACAAAUGGUUAUCUCCUAUCUGCGAGCACAUGCCAGCACACAUAUGGCUUCUUACCAUGUGCAGAAAAUACUGGAGGUUACAUUUUUCAAAUAUUUAUCUAUCAGGGUCUACUGAUAUUUGGAGAAAAGCUUCUGAGCGAGGGGAGCAAGGUGCUCUUUAAUAUAUUCAGCAAUAGCAAAAUUGUUGGUAUUAUUUUCCGAAUCCUCACGGGGUUACCAGCUAUGCUGAUGGUGAUAUUAUCUGGAGUUUUCGGUAGCAAAGAGAAUGCUCAGUCUCAAGUCUCGCUUGGUGUGGGUAUUUAUGCUGGAAUCACUGUCUUUACUCUCACUUUGCAGUGGGGUACAUGUCUGAUUGUUGGCGGGAGAAAAUUGCGACAUGAUUCAACGCCUCAGAAUUCAGAGUCCCCUGUUUCAUGCUGCUAUCGAGUAAAAAAAGAACUCAUUGAAUUGAAGGAUACCGGUAUUACGAUUGAUGAAAAAACUCGUCAUACAGCGGGGAUUAUGCUUCUGUCUUUGAUUCCUUACGUUAUUGUGCAGCUAGCAGAUAUCUUCAACACAUCCCACAUAGUGAUUUUGAUUGCUCUCAUAGUGUCUGCUGCAUCUUUAGUUUCAUAUUUCAUCUAUCAGAAUUUGAAUCCUUGGAUACAGCAAAGAAGUUUAGACUACUCGAAGUAUGAAAUUUUGCGAACAGGGUUUUUGGAGCAUAUGGAACGGCUAGGAAAACUCGUUAAUGAAGAUGGGAAACUUAACAUUCCUGUCAUCAAAAAAUUAUUUGCUGAAACAGACAGAGAUAAUGACCAAUCUAUAACCAGGCGAGAGUUAGAAAAGCUGACGGUUGAUGUCGCGAAGACAGGGAGGUUGGAUGUUAACAAACAUUUAGCUGUUUCUGAAGUAAUGAAAUCGUUUGAUUUUAACAAGGACGAGAAAAUCAAUGUUCAUGAAUUCAUCGAGGGUUGCAAAAAAUGGAUAGAUGAAACAAACUCAUCUUCCUCUUCAACAAAUCUUUUCGAUGAGGACUUUCAACGGUUUAAUAAGAUAAAUGAAAAUAAACCCCAGGAGAUUGAUCUGAUUAUAUCGAGAAUUCUAAAGCAUGCUGAAAAUCAAGUACUUAAAGCAGAAUCGCUGAUCACUGAAGAUGGAGAACCAAACAUUGAGAGCAUUAAGAAUCUCUUCAGAAAAUUCGACAGUGACAAUAACAACGAGAUAUCAAAAACUGAGCUGGAGCAACUAAUUCGUACAAUCAAAUUUGAUGGAUUUGCACUGAAUUAUGAGCACAUUAUAAAGGAAUUGUUUAAAGAUUUUGAUAAAGAUGAUAACCAUAAGAUUGAUGAAUCAGAAUUUGUUGAUGGAUUAAAGAAAUGGGUUGAUAAAGCUAUUGAUGCUACUGAUUGUUUGGACAAGACAAGUAGUAUUGAUGAAUUCGACAGGAUUUUAUGGGAAAAAGUCAUUUAUCAAGACUCUUUCGUGUGGGCUUGUGUAAAAUGUGUAUUUAGAAUAGUGUUGGGUAUUGUUAUACUGACCUUCCUUGGAGGACCUCUCACAACUAGCAUCCUACAGUUAUCAUAUGCUAUUAGGGUGCCUUCUUACUCCAUCUCCUUCGUGAUAGUGCCAUUGGCCAUGAAUACAAGAACCUUAAUAGAAGCUAUAUUUCCUGCCAGUAAAAAGAGUGAAAGAACUGCAUCUUUAACAUUCUCCGAGAUUUAUGGUGUAGUUGUAAUGAACAACAUCUCGGGUUUGACUACACUGUUGGCAGUUGUAUAUGCAAAGGACUUGCCAUGGGAUUAUUCUGCUGAAGUGCUAACAGUUUUGGUGGUCUGUGCCGUAGUAGGGAUUUUGGGAUACUCAAUUUCGAUUCUCUCUGGUGGGUUUUGUCAAUGUUGA